CCACCAGAAGACCAGCAACCUCUAGAAGCGAUGGAAAUCUUACAUGCCACGCCCCUGCCGUUGCGAGAGCUCGCCAAGGAGCUCGCACGGGACCCGUAAAGACGGGUGGACGGGUUUUUGUGUUGGACCACACGCUGGACGCCAUCCAUGAAAGAAGCAAUCGACAGCUUGUUGCAGAAGUACCAUGGGCAGAAGGACAUCCUGAAGCUUGUGGAUAAAGACUAUGCAGACAUGGUUCAUCACUCUGCCACAUAUCCCAAUAGUUUGCUGCACCCCACAACUAAGCUGCACAUAUCCCGCUAUGUGAAACACCUGGCAAAACAACUCAACACUAGAUCGUCUUUGAACACAAGCCCGGAAAAGCUUCUGGAGACUCAGCAGCUGUGGCAGUCUUUGACAGUGGGUAGUGAGACUGCUAGUGUUCCUGUGAUCACCAUGGAGCCGGCUAUUGUGAACCCACCUGAACCUGCCCUGUCCACACCUCUGACACCAGACUCCAUCAAGACGAUUGUGGAGAGCAUCUUGGAGAGCCAGCAGCAAUGGCAUAAGCCAGAGCAGAAGAGAAGGCAGACAAAGACAUGUCUUGCUUGUGGCCAGCCCAAGUCUCGAUAUGAGACUGAUGGAUCCUCCAUCCACUUUUUCCACCAGCAAGGUUCUGUGCGAUAUUUUUAUUGUUCCAAGAAGGUGUUUCAAAGCUAUGCUGCUGAGGGACUCUCUAAUCCCAAAAUGCAGUUUGAAGAAUUUGCAGGGACUGAAUUCUUCCAGAGGGAGCUGGAGGCCACCAAGAAACGAGUGGAGGAGAAGAUGCAGAAAAAGAGGAAAAAGACAGAAUACCAGUAUGCAGGGCGCCUAUGCAGAUUCUGCCACAUGGGACUGAAACAGGGACCAAACAGUCCACAUAUUCAUACAGGCUUCCCUGGAGUGGCAGGGAAAUACAUUUACUGCCCGUCUAAAGUGUACUCUCUAUAUCGAGAUAAGGGAAUGGCCAAAGACAUGAGCUGGAUUGAGUUUCAGCAGUCUCCUUACUAGGGGUGGAGCCGAACCCGAAUACGUUAUUCGGAAAGGCACAAAUAGCGUGUUUUUUACGAAUACGUAUUUCGAACAAUUACUUAAAAAAAUAUUUGUAUUCGGGAACAAGAAAAACUUUAUAUCAAAAAGCUGCGUUUUCUCACGAGACUGCAGUGCAUGCCCGCAUGAGUGAGUGAGUGAGUGAGUGAGUGAGUGAGUGAGUGAGUGAGUGAGUGAGUGAGUGAGUGAGUGAGUGAGUGAGUGAGUGAGUGAGUGAGUGAGUGAGUGAGUGAGUGAGUGAGUG